AUGGUCGAGUCCGAGCGCGCGCUGCUCCUCGAGUCCGAGGAGCCGCCGUACCCGCCGUUACGCCGCGGCGAAGACGCGGACAUCCCGACGUGCAGGGUGUCCGUGAUGGUGAGGAAGCGCCCGGUGAGCGCGAAAGAGUUCGCGCUGAAGCAGUGCGACGUCGUCACCGCGCUGAGGGACAGCGGGCACAUGGUCGUGCACGAGCCGAAAGUCUCCGUGGACAUGUCGCGGCGAGUCGAGUCCUCCGCGUUCGCGUUCGACGGCGCCUUCGGCGAGGACUCCACGAACGACGAGGUCUACGCCUCCGCGGUCGCGCCGCUCGUUCGUUUGUGCUUAGAAGGCCAAGGCGCGCACGCGACGUGUUUCGCGUACGGACAGACGGGCAGCGGAAAGACGUACACGAUGAAGGCGUGUUACCGAGCCGUCGCGGAGGAGCUCGUCGAGGGCGCGGAACGCUGCGGGCUGUCGCUGUGGGUGUCAUUCUACGACAUCUACGCGGGGAAGUGUUACGACUUGUUAUCGAGCCGGAAGCAACUCAGCGCGCUGGAGGAUAAACGAGGGCGCGUGCGUCUCGUCGGGCUGUUGGAGACGAAGGUGAAGAGCGCGCGGGAGGUGAUGACCGCGGUGGAACGCGGGAUGGCGUGUCGGAAGACGAGCCGGACGGACAGCAACGUCAACUCGUCGCGGUCGCACUCGAUUUUUCAAGUGGUGCUGCGCCCCGCGGAUGCGAUGGACUCGAAAACGCCCGCGAUGAGUCGGUUAUCCCUCGUCGACUUGGCCGGCAGCGAACGCGGCGCCGAUCGCGGAAAAGCCGUGGACGGGAAGAUCCGCCAAGAAGGCGCGGAGAUCAACAAGUCGUUGCUCGCGCUGAAGGAGUGCAUCCGGGCGCUGAGCUCCAGCGGCGGCGGCGGCGGCGUGAACGCGGUGUCGGAGGGCGUCGACCCGCGGGAAGACCUCGGCGGGGACGACCGCCACGUCCCGUUCAGAGGGUCGCAGCUCACGAAGGUGCUUCGGGACGCGUUCGUCGGGGCGAAGAGCAAGACGGUGCUGCUCGCGCACGUCGCGCCGACGUCCGUCGCGGCGGAGCACACGAUGAACACGCUGCGGUACGCGCUCAGGCUGAAGGAC